AUGAAGAAGAAGAAGAAGAAGAAGAAGAAGAAGAAGAAGAAGAAGAAGAAGAAGAAGAAGAAGGGGAAGAUGAUGAUGAUGAAGAAGAAGAAGAAGAAGAAGAAGAAGGGGAAGAUGUUGAAGAAGAUGAAAAAGAAGAAGAUGAUGAUGAUGAGGAUGAUGAUGAUAAUGAUGAAAAAGAAGAAGAAGAAGUGGAAGAAGCGAUCGCUGGAACAAGGGCUCUAUUCGCCUGACUUUUCGUACUCUCACUUGGGUUAG